GAUGGAAGAGCACAAACCGGGCGGUGCAGCGCCAGCGAGCUAAAGAGUCGAGCUACCCGGGCCGGCCGAGCGAGCUGGGCACAUCUCUACGGCAGAGCCAGCCAUCUGAGAAAAGGACGAGGCUUGGCUAUCGAAGACACCAUCACGGCAACUCUGCGGCACAGGGCGUUCUCAUGGCUUGCUGUCCUGUCAACUGCGUUCCCUGCCACCAGACCCUUCUUUGUGGUUGCAAAGACGCGGACAAUACCUUGCUCGACACAAUCUAGGUGUCUAGGAAGGGAACAAAGGCCCCGGUCAACAAAGGUGUCGCGCGUGUAUUGCACGAGGCGUCAAUAA